AUGGCUUUAUCAAGUGUAUGCCCAACUGAGGAUGCUGUCAGGGCAUUUCUGGAAUACUUGUUUGAUCCUGUGAUUCCAGCUACAUCUUCUGUACGAGACUCUCCAUCACCUUCUCUGCAACAAUGGGUCGCAAAGCAGGUGCAUGGAGUUGUCAUAUUGUACAACUACUACCAUCGGAAACAACACAGACAACUAGAAUUUCGGGAUUUUGAGUCAUUCUGCAAAUUAAUUGCGGUUUUGAAACCUCCUUUACUGGCAUACAUGAAAUGCUUGCAAAGAAAUGAUGAUGCUGAAUUAGUUGACCCUGAAAAGCAGCUUUCCUUGACGGAGAAGACUAUCAUGAAUGCAUGUGAUCUGUGUAUGAGGUUGAGUGCGUCAAAGGAUAUUCCAGAUAUAGAAGGAUGGUCAAUUUCUGAAGUUGCUGUUUUCUUGGUUGACUCUAGGAAAGAGAAUUGCUUGUUGCUAUUCAGCAAGGAUACCCACGCGGUUUGGUCAUUGUUUGAAAAGGAUGUGGAUAUCUCCAAUCAGAGUUCAGAAGCCAUGCCGGAUUUGAAACAGUAUAAAAAGAAAAGGAUCACCAAAAAGCCCUCGAGAGAGAUUAGUGAAGCUGGAGCCAUUAGUCAGGCCCAUCUUUCUAUACUAGAAAGCCACAUUGUAUAUUCUCUGGGUAAAGAGAAAUCGACAUCUCGCUUCUACAUAAUGCAAUGGACCCAACCUACUAGUGAAGAUGCUGUUCAGGUCCCUAUAAAAGAUGCCAUUGACAGGAAGGUGUCACACAGAUGGAACAUAUGGACAAUAACCCCAGUCGUUGAAUUUUUCCAUAUGCUACCCUAUGCUGGGAUUUUGUCGGACUGGUUUUCCAGGGAUGCAUCUCCAAAUCAUCUGGAAAGUUUGAAAGUUGACUCUAUAACUGCACAAGUUAAGAUGGACGUCUCCAUUUCAACUGAACAGAAAUAUAAUAGUAUUCCUAGUUGCAAACCAAAGACAUCUUACACCAAGAGAAAGCUGAACUCUGUUUCAAUUGAACAGAAAUAUAAUAAUAUUCCUAGUUCCGAACCAAAGACAUCAUACACCAAGAGAAAGCUGAACAACUUGCAAGAUGUCACCAGUGAGGACAUGACGGUUGAAAACAAUUGCCAGAACGGCGUACCGGAAUGCCAAGGCAAUAAGAGUACUGCUGGAGACAACAUGAACAACAAUACUAUAUUGGAUAAGGAGCCAAUCCUUGGCAGUGACCGUGCUUUAGUUACUUGCCAGUCCCCCUCUGAAGAUCUUGAGAAAAUAUAUUCUGUGUUGGCUUCUAAAGAACACAAACUGUCACAAACUGCUUUAAGAGUUGUUCUCCAGAAAAGGGCUAAACUGUCCCUUCAGCUGCGAAAUAUAGAAGAUGAGAUUGCGAAGUGUGACAAGUGUAUCCAUACGAUUUUGAAUGGUAUGACUAGAAAUGAAGGUCUAGAUUGA